UGAUACAGAGAAUGUUGCUUGUGUCUGUGUGCUGGGGGAGAGAGAGACAGAGGCAGUGCUUUGGCCAGAAGGUGCUGGGAAGGACUAGGACAUGCACACAGUUUAUAUUUUUGGGGGUGGGUCUGGUAGCCUUCAUUCUUCCAUUCCAAUCCUUCCUUCCCUCUGCUUGAGUGAGUGAGUGAGAGAGAGAGAGAGAGAGAGUUUUGAGAGUGAGUGAGUGGAUUGCUCCUUUCUCCUGCUUGGCUUGCCUUUGCACUGCUGCCACCUCCUCACGGCUUUCCACAAAUGUUGGAGGAGUUGAUGUAUACAGUGAUCAUCCGAGCCUGUUGGAUUGAUGGGAGGGGCUGAUUGAAUGAUUGAGCGAGUUGCAAGGGAAAUCCGUUUUCUGAGCGAGUUUUAGAGAGAGAGAGAGAGAGAGGAGAGUGUCUUCGUUUGUCGAGAUUCGUAGCAGGUUGUUGUCGAGUUUUGUGUGUCUGUGAAGGUCGAUUGCUGGGGACAGGCUUUUGGCCUCAGGUGCUUUCUGGUCCAUUGCGCCUGCCUUGUGCUGGUGCACAGAUUCUUUUCAGAGAAGAAGGGUGAAGGGGAGAGGGGAAAGGUUUGUGAAAGCAUAUUGUGCAGUUGUGCAUGAGUGUGGGGCUCGAGAGGAGAACUUGGGACGAUUGAGUGAUUCUGAGAGAGAGAGACACGAAGCGAAGGAAAGGGUGGGGAGGAGGCAGUGGAGUGGAUAGGAGUGAGUUUAGUUGGUGGUUGGUUUCAAAACGUUGACAUCAUUUCAGAAGCUACUGCUGCAGAAGCACAUUCUCUCGAGCAAUUUGGUUCAACAUGGUCAGUGAUGGCCUGUUUAUAUUUCUCCUGACCGACCCUGCAUUCGAUUCUUCAUGGCUUGCUGCUUCUCGUGCUGUAUGCCUCGCUUUGCGCGCCUGCAUGCACGCUUGAUUGCUUUCGGUCGGUCAAGUUUCUUCAAUUAUGGUCCGGAACGCUCAUCAUUUCUUCUCGUCUGCUGGCCGAUUGCCCUUCCAUCCCAUCCCACCGCAUCCCCUCCACGAGUCUCUCGCAUCCUCUUCCCUUCCCUCACCCACCCCGACGUAACUAGCGUGGAGGCGCGUUUUGCUCCACGAAUAUUUUUUUUACACACCAGUUCAUUCGCUCAUUCAUCAUCCAUCCAUUCUUCAGUCAUCCCAUAUUCUCUCCGCUUCAUGUUCCCCGAAUUUGAAUUUCUGCCUCAGACGCCGCGUUUACUCUGCAAUCUCAGUUUCCUCUCAUCAUGGUGAGUUUCUGCGGAAAAUCGUGGACGAUUCUGGGGAGAAAUCGUUGCAGAGCGAGGCGCAGUUUGAUUUUGUUUAUUUUCCAAUUCGAGCGUGAGUAGAAUUGUGUCGGAUCCAAGCGGGAAUGUGCGGCACCCGGAGGCGACGAAGGCUUCGGAUAACUGUGCCUGACCUCGACGGGUCCACAGUUCCGCUCGGUGAAGAGCAAGGAUGAGGGCGGGCGAGCGAGUGAUAGAGGGAAGGAGGGAGGUCGAAGGUGAGGGAGUGGGCAAUUGCGGGAUGGGUGGAGGCCGGGCUGCUCACGGCGAUCUUGUAAUGGCAAGCCGUGAAGAGGAUCGACCAUUCAUUGCACAUUCAAAUACUCAGGAAUUGCUAAUUGAUCCGGGCAUAAAUUGUGGCGAGUUUUUGUUUGACGUGGGAGCGGAGAAUCUUUGCAUAGUUUGUAGGGUUAUGGGCGAUGUUUAUAAGAGUGAAGCGGAAAAAGACCACGUACUUCCUCCACUGCGAUCCGUCCGAGACUGUACUGGAGAUCAAACAGAAGCUGCAAGCACUUAGCGACAACCCUGUCGAUUGCCAGCGACUGAUUUUGCUAUCGUCUCAGCUUGUUUUGGAGGACUCCAGGACGCUUGCCGAUCAAAAGGUGGAGAACGAUGCGAUAGUGGCGUUGUGUUUGAAAACAUCAGAUCCCAGGGUGCAUCGUAUUUCCACUGGACUGCGGCCCCCACCAGAUCCGAAGCUGUAUGAGAUACCGGAGCCUCGCACGCCGAAAAAGCCUUUGGAGGGUGAGGCAGAGGAAGUCAAACUUGGAGAAGACGGACAGCCUCUUCCCCCUCCGCCCCCUGAACCAGUCCUGCUUGAGCGUGCCAUGUCAACCGUUUUGCGUACACCAUACAAACCACCGCCUCCUACUCCUGAAGAGAUUGCCAAGAAGGAGGCGUCUGACAAAGAGGCCGCUAAGCUAGAAGCCGCUAAAAAAGGUGUUAAGGAUGACCCCAAGAAGCAAGGUUUGCAGAAGGAUGCGAAGGGUAGGACAGAUGCCAAAAGCGAGAAAGAAGACUCGAAAAAGGGAGGUGGAAAGAAAGAUGGAGGAAAGAAAGGAGAGUAUAAUAAGAACGAAAAGAAAGAGGCUGCGAGCAAAGGGGCGGGAAAGAAGGGUGCUGCUGACAAAAAGAAGGGUAAAAAGAAGAAGGGUGCAAAAGAUGAAAAGAAUGAUAAGCCAGAAGUGGAAGAGAUUCUUCCUCCUCCAGACACCGGAGUCUGGGAGGACAUCUGCAUUGACAGACUAACUGAUUACGCCACCCUCAUAGAUUCGGACUGAGUGAGUAGAAUUGAAGAGUUGUUGGUGUCGUCAAUCUUCAUCUCAAUAUUUGCAUUUGAGAUCCAGAUACCGCUGAUUUCAGCCCAUAUGAGGUCAAAGUUCACAUGGUCAGCUGAAGAAGAGUUUCCCUCGGUGAUUAGCCAGAUGCUGGCCUAAAAGCAUGACAAUGUGUUGUCUGUACUGUAUGGCCCUAGUAUGGAUGCUGAUCUUGAGCUGAAGAUUCCACUCGAUGGUAGAUACCAAAUCUGAGAGAUUGAUACUGUUACUAACAAAUUACAAAUUUGUAACACCUGCUGGCCACUUACAUCGGGAAAAGGAGGAGGUUUGCACUUCAGACAUUUUCAGAUCGCCCAAGUGGAAGUUCGACCCUUUCGUGAUGUUUGCUGUAAGUCAGCCCUGCUUGGAACGAGAUUUUUUGCCAUCUUCAUAGCAUGUCAAGGCUUCUGGACACUCUAGUAUUGUGAUGAUGCCUGGCAUCAAAGUGCGUCUGCUGGUCCAUUUCGACAGGUUAGACCCUUCAAAGGGUUUCUUCUAGGAGGUUUCUUAGGUAUUUGUGAUAAGGAGCUAUUACAUUAAUAAAAUACAG